AGGCCGGUUCCGUGUACUUUACUUAUCGUGGGCUUCCUCCAAUUCCAUUGGGCUUUCAAUCUCACAAACUCCCAUCGUCCUCCAGUCCAGCACCGCACGACCUCUGAGGAAGGAGGGCGAGAUGUCUCCGGCGGCGCCGGCGCCGCUCGACGACGAAAACCUACUCUCCGAGAUCCUCCUCCGCCUCCCCGCGCUGCCAUCCACCCUACCCCGCGUCUCCCUCGUCUGCAAGCGCUGGCGCCACCUCGUCUCCGACAUCGGGUUUUUCCGCCGCUUCCGGGAGCACCACCGCCACAGCCCUCCCCUCCUCGGCUGCUUCGUGGAAGGCGACCGAUGCGUCCCCUACACGCCCAUCAUGCACUCCCCCGACCGCAUCCCCGCCGAGCGCUUCUCGUUGCAGCUCAACGAGACCUGCCACUCCUGGGUCCUCGGCUGCCGCCACGGCCUCGUGCUCAUCUCCCCCGAUUCUCGGAAGCGGGUCCUGGUCUGGGACCCCGUCACCGGCGAGCAGCACCACAUUGCUUUCCCGCCAGGAUUCGUCGGUGCCGCAAACUCGGUCCACGGGGCGGUGCUUCGCCCUGCCGAGGCCCGCCACUUUCAGGUGAUCUUGGUAUGGGUUGGUGGAGAAGACAAGACAAAUAUGCCAUUGCUCGCCUGCGUUUACUCGUCGGAGAAAGGCGUCUGGGGUAGUCUCAUCUCACCGCUGAUUCAGUUCGAAGGAUAUUUCAAGGGCUUGUCGUCUCUGCUGGUUGGGAAUUCCCUUUACUGGUGUCUCGGCGGUCGUUCGGAUGCAAUUCUCGAGUUUGAUUUGGAGAGGCAGACCCUAGCUGUGAUCCAAGUACCGGCGUGUCUGUCUGAAGAGGAUCUUCUCCAGUUCGCGGCUAUUCGGGCUGAGGGUGGUGGACUGGGUUUACUCUCCAUAUUAGGCUUCACCGCCCAAUUAUGGAAGAGAAAGACUGAUUCUCAUGGCGUUGCGUCGUGGGCGAUGGGAAGAACUAUUGAACUGGACAAGCUACUUUCCAUGAAUCCAGAGAAAGAGAGAGUGCGACCCCUGAUAGUAGGGCUUGCCGAGUACAAUAAUGUGGUUCUCCUCACGACAGGUGGUGAUGGUAUCAUCAUGCUGCAGCUUGAGUCAUUGCAGUUCAAGAAAUUUUACGAGACUACCAACUCCUUUUAUCAUCAUCAAUUCGAAAGUGUCUAUUCUGCAGGGAGGAGCAUUGGUGGUGGACAUGAUGGAGCUGAACUUUUGCACAGUACAUAAGACGAUUGUCUGGGUACCUAUAAUUGUAUUCUGGUUGGGAAGAUGCAGGAAUUGACUUCUUGCUGUGGGUUCAUCCAUUUUGUAUGCUUCACACGGAGAUAUCAACCCCCUAUGCCGCAUGCAUGGUCAACUGGGAAGUGGAAUUGUAGGAUUAAUCCUUCAUUGCUAACAUCCCUCUGUUAUAUAAAUUCUUGGCACAAUUAGCCAACUGGCUUGUUGAAGAUACACACUUGCUUUGGUUAAUUAGCAUUUGGGCUACAUUUGCUUUAUGGUUUCCAAGAAAGCUUGCCUGCCUAAUGAUCUUGGCUUACGUCAUGUGUGUGUUCAUCAUCUCUCCGUUUCCGUUUGAUUAUGUUUCGUGUUGUAAUAGGUCGGGAGAUUAUUCUUGCUUAUGUCCAUUGUGUGCACGUGUUGACUUUUUUAUCUGAUUUUGGCUGAUGAAUGUUAGA